AUGGAAUCAAUAUCAGAAUCAAAAACAACACCAACUACACCAACAAGUAAACAUGGUCAAUCAUCACCAUGGAAAAAAAAGAAAAAAUUAUUAAAACCAAGUUAUUCUUCACCAUCAUCACCAAAACUAUCAAUAUCACCAAAAUUAUCAUCAUCAAAUUCAAAUAUAACACCACCAUAUUAUAAUACACCACCACAAUCACCUGGUUCAAAAUUAAAAUCAUUUUUUUCAAAAUUAAAUUCACCAAAUAAACAUCAUAAUAAAAAUUUUAAUAAUCACAACAAUAAUAACAAUAAUAAUACAACAUCAUCCUCCCCAACAGAAGGAUCAAUUACACCAUCAUCAAAUUCAUCAUCAACAAAUCAUUCACCAGUUAUAAGUAGUCCAUUUGGAUUCGCUCAUAUAACACAUGUAAAUUUCGAUUCAUCAAACCAAGAAUUAACUGGAUUACCAAGAGAUUGGGGUAAAACAUUAAAAAGAUCUGUAAAUAAAUUAGUAACAGUAAGAAGAGAUAGUACUGCACAAAGAACAUCAUCAAUUGGUAGUGGACUUGGUGAUAGCAAUAAUAGUAGUAAUAGUAGUAAUAAUAAUAAUAGUAUAGCAAAACAAAAAUCAACAUCAUCAUCAGCAUUAUUACAAAAACCACAAUAUGAAAAUAAUAUACAAAUUAGAGAACAAGGACUACUACUACAACUACCACCACCACCGCCACCACCACCAAUUAAAUCAUUUGAACAUGAAAUUGCAAAUAAAUUAAGAUUAUCAACACCUGAUGAUUUAGCAUUAUCACUUGAGAAAUCAACUAGUAAUAAUAAAUUAUCAAAGUCUUCAAAUAUUAGACCAAAAUCAUCAACUACAACAACAACCACAACAACCACCAACACAACCAAUAAUAAUAGUGGUAAUACAACAACGACAACAACGCCACCAACAACACCAAGUAAAAAAUCAACAACUAGAAAAUCAUCACCAACUAAAUUAACAACACCAACACCAACACAAUUACAAACAUCUACAUCUACAUCGACAAUAAUAAAUUUAGAGAAUAAUAAUAAUAAUGAAGAAUUAGAAAGAAGUACAUCAAUUUUAAGUAGUUUAGUAUCACUUUCAAAAUUAGAUUCAUCAAAUAGUAGUAAGAGUAUGGAUAAUUUAGUGAUUGGAUCACCAACAUUAAUUAGAAGGGAUAUUCAUAUAACGUGGAAUCAUGUAUCUGGUCAAUUUGAAGGUGUACCAGAUGAAUGGCAAUCAAUGUUACAACCAAUAACAUCAGAAAAACAAAGAAAAAAGAGAAUGGAUUUAAGAAAGAGAUUAAUUCGUGAAGAAUCUUUAAAAUGUGAUAAAGAGGAGAAAUCAAGACAACAAAUCCGUGAUCGUAGAGAAAGAUCAAGGUUAUUAAGAAUUGAAAGAAGAAGAUCUGUUUAUUUAUCAAGAACAAAUUCAAAUAGUUUAACAUCACCAUCACCAACUGCAAUAGCAACAUCAUCACCUCAACCUUUACCACCACCAUUUAAAUCUUAUUCAUUACAAAAUUUUAGAUUAUGGCAAAUUUCAGGUACAGAAUUAUUUAAAACUAAAAGAGUUGAAGCAUGUUUUGAUUCAUUAUGUUGUAAUGAUGUUUUCGUUUUAGAUUGUGGUAAAGUUAUUUAUGUUUGGAUCGGUCAAGGUUCAUCAUUACAAAAGCAAGUUAAAGGUGCUUCAGUUGCAAAUAAAAUUAAAUAUGAAAAUGACUAUAUCAAUGAACCAAUUAUAAUUGAAUUUUUAAUUGAUAAUGAAAAAUCACCUGAACAUACUGAAUUUUUUAGAAAUUUAACAACAACAACAACAAACUCACCAUCAUCAACAACAACAACAUCAACCACAUCAAAUCAACAACAACCAAUUACAAUUAAUAAUGUUUUUACAAAUAACUUAAUAAUUAAUGAAAAAGUUUUAAAGAUUGGACAAUCAGAUGAUCAAAUACUUCAAGAAGAAGAUUCAGAAGUUACAUGGUUAUAUAGAGUUAAUGAUAAUGGUAAAAUUAAUAUGAUUGAUGAGAAACCAUUGGUACCAACACUAUUGAAUAGUAAUACUUGUUUUAUUUUAGAUUGUGAAACUGAUAUUUACGUUUGGCAUGGUAAAUAUUCUCAUCCAUUGAAACAAAAAGUUGCAGUAAUAUUUGCAAAAGAAUUUUUAAAUAUCUUCUCACAAAGACCAACUUGGGCAUCAUUACAUAUAGUUCAUCAAGGUGAAGAACAGUGGUUCUUUAAAGAGCAUUUCUUAUAUUGGUUAGAAGAUGAAUGUUUAAUUGAUAAUUCUAAAAGAAAUACCCUAACUUUUAGAUUAGGUACUUCUUCAAAUGGUAUCACUGGUAAUGGUAAUGGUGUCAAUAUAAUUAAUAAAGGUAUAGGCAGUCAUAUCAAUUUACCAACACCUAUUCCAAUUGAUUCAAAUUUCAUGGUAUCUGAUUUAUUCUCAAUACCUGAUCCAUAUAAUACAAAACCAAUUUCAUUAUCACCAUCACCAUCAACUUCAUCAAUUUUAAAUAAUAAUAGUAAUAAUUUUAGUGUAAAUAGUAAUAGUAGUAGUAGAAGUAGUAUUAUGUUAUUAAAUAAUAGUAAUAAUGAUAAAAAACAACAUAUUUCAUUAGAUAUUUGGAAAGGUGAAGGUGAUCAAUGGAAGAAACUAACAAAAGAUUUAUAUGGUCAUUUUGAAACAUCAAAAUGUUAUGUUUGUCAUCAUGUUUAUAAAAUUAAUGGUAAAUUUCAAUCAAGAGCUUACUUUUGGCAAGGAUGUGAAGCAUCCAUUAGAUGGUGGAUCGUAUUUCAAUUUGGUCUUUAUAAAGAAUUGGGUGAACAUAUGCAAAUGUUAGAUUCCUCACCACCACCAACUGAAUGUUUAACUCAAAAUAAAGAAUCUCAUGAAUUUUUAAAAUUAUUUAAUAAUAUUUUCAUUCAUUAUACAACAAGAUCAGAAUCACAUGAAACCAAUAAUGGCAGUGGUAAUAGUAUGGCACCAUCAUCAUCAUCAUUAUCAAUUUCUUCAAUGUCUUCAAUGGGUUCUGGUGUUUCAUCAACUUCUUCAACGACACAACAACUUCAACAACAACAACAACAACAAAAUAAACAACAUCAUAUUAGUAUGUGUGGAUUAGGUAGUAAUACAAAACAAACACUUUAUCAAAUUACUUUAAUUGCAAAUACAUUUACAAGAUCUGUACAAUUUCAAGAGUUUGAUGCAUCAUGUUUAAAUAGUAGAGAUAUGUUUAUAUUUCAUUCGUUUGCUGCAAAAACUAUAUUCGUUUGGCAUGGUAAAGGAUGUAGUAAAGAGUUGAAAUUAAUUAGUCAAAAUAUUGCAAAUUCAAUAUUGACUUAUUAUCAAAAUACUGGUGAAAUUUCAAAGAAUGAAAUGGAUUUAGUAAUUGAUUGUCAAGAAGGUCAAGAACCACCAAUAUUUUGGAAACUUUUCUUAUCCCUAACAAAUAGUGCUGCUCAAAAUGUUACAACAAUGCCAUUAGAACAAAAAAGAAAUUUCUAUGCUUAUGACCCAUAUUAUGAUCAACAACAACAACAACAACUCUCAACAAUCAAUAGUGUUGGUAUUAGUGGUGGUGGUAGUAGUAAUAAUAAUAAUUUAAUAAUUGAAAAUAAUAGAAUACCACCAAAAUUUUAUCACAUUUUUUAUAAUAUUAAAGUUCGUACUUAUGUUGUUACAAAGAUUAGUCCAUUUUGUCAAGGUGAUCUUUGUGAAGAGGAUUCAUUCAUUUUGGAUUGUUUUUAUAAGAUAUUUGUUUGGUUUGGUCCAGAUUGUUCAAAUAGAAAGAGGGAGACCACUAAACAAUUGGCAAAACAAUAUAUUGAAGAAUCAACCAUUGGUCAUUCAAUUGAUUCUACUAAAUUGGUAUUAAUUGAAUCUGGUGAAGAGGAUGCAGAAUUUAGAUCAUAUUUUCAAGGUUGGUCCUAUAAUUUCAUUUUAACCAAUUGGAAAAAUAAUUCUCAAUCUUUAAUUGGCGCAGGUGCUGAUCAUAGAUUACUAAAUUCAAUAGUUUCCUAUAGUUCAAUGUCAUCUCAAGUUGAUAAUAUUGGCGGUGUUGAAUCUGGUGAUGAAGGUGGUGGCUAUGGGUAUGGUUAUGGUGGUUAUGCUGAUUCUAAUAGCACAACAACAACAAGUUGUAAUACUACAAACAAUUCAACUUGUGGUACACCAUUAUCAAGUUCACCAAUGUCUUGUUCACCUGGUUUUGGUUCAUUUAAUUUAGCUUCAACAAUUAUUAAUACAUCAAAUGAUGCUAAUACUUUAUCACAACCUUUAGAAUCUUGGGAAUUAGAAUUAGAAUCAACCAUUAAUUCAAUUAAAAAGAAACCAAUCUUCUCUCCAAAACAACCUUCAUCAUCAUCAUCAUCAUCAUCCUCUUCUUCUAAUCCAUCAAAUCAACAUAAAAUUAAAAAAUAUGAUACAAUUAAACAAAUGUUAGAUGAAUUCGAACAUACUCCAAAUAAUAAAAAUAAUAAUAAUAAUAAUAAUAAUAAUAAUAAUAAUAAUAAUAAUAAUAAUAAUGUUAAUAGUAGUAACUAUGCUACCAAUUUACCAUCAAUUACUGAAACUUCACCACCACCAACAUUAUCAAUUUCUUUACCAUCACAGUCUGAUAAUCAAACAAUUUCAGAAUUACCAUCAAUUUGUGAUCCAUUAGUAAAUGAAGAAUCAGAGAAUAGUACUGGUAGUAGUAGUGGUAGUAUUACAACAACCACCACAACAACUACAACAACUACAAAUUUAAAACUACCACCACAAUCACCCCCACAACUAAUUGUUAAUAAGAGAACAUCACAACAUCAACAUUUACAAGCACCUCCAAGUCCAAAUCUUUCACCAGUUUUAAAGAAUAGAUUAAUUGAACUUGCUCAUGUAAAUAAUGCUAAACAUAGAAAAAGGGGAGCUAGUGAAACAAAGAAAUCAAGUCCACUCUUAAAAAGUAUUUCAAAGGAUAGACCAUCAGCAAUCGUUAUCAAUAAUGUCACAAGAAAUCAUGGUGGUUCUAUAGAUGCUAAAUCAAUGCAAGAUUUAAAAUUAAAUAAAGUUGAUAUGGAAUUAGAUUUAGAAGUUAUUAAACUUGAAAAUGAAUUAUCUGUAAUUGUUGAAAAUAUUCAAGAUCAUUCUCAAACUACUAAUAUUAAAACUGAUAAUAUUAUUAAUAAUAAUAAUAAUUACAAUAACAACAAAUUAGAUACAAAUACUUCAACUACAACUACAACGACAACCGCUUUAGAAAAAAUUGAGAGUAAUACAAACAACAAUGAAAAGAUUGAUGCUUCAUCUGCUGUAGUUGCCAAUACUGCUUGUAAUAAACCAAUUGAACAACAAGAAAUUAUUGAAGCACCUAUUCAAAGAAAAAUUUCAAUACCAAAUUUACCAAUAGGUGCCAAUAUAACACCAACACCAGUUCUAGUUCAUACUUUAUCAUCACAAUCAAUUGCACCUCAAUCACCAUCGACAAUUAAAAAAGUGGCAUUAAAAGUUUCAGUUCCCGUAAAACCAAUUGAAAUUCAAAAUAUUGCUCUUACUACCUCAAAUGCUACAAUCUCUCAAUCACCAAGACAAUCAACUGUAAAUAAUAAUAAUAAUAAUAAUAAUAAUAAUAAUAAUAAUAAUAAUAAUAAUAAUAAUAAUAAUAAUAAUAAUAAUAAUAAUACUAUAAUUACACCAAGAACAUCAUUCCAACAACAACAACAAAAUGCUUCAUUAGCAAAUUCAACUACAACAGCACCAAGUGUACAGAAAUUUAAAAUUAAUACAUCAACAAUUCCAACAAAUAAUGGAUUAGUUUCACCAAGACCUCCAUUACCAACAACAUCUUCUUCUUCAUCAUCAUCAUCAUCAUCAAGUAGUGCAACCAUAAAUAAUGGGCUAGUUUCACCAAGACCUCCAUUACCAACAUCAUCAUCAAAUAGUUCUACUACAAACAAUGGAUUAACUUCACCAAGAAUUAUUACAACACCAAGAAUUAAUGGAAGUAAUCCAAAUGUACCAAAAAAUAUAUCACCUUCUAAAUCAAAUAAUGCCACUACAUCCUCAUCAACAACAACAACCACCUCAUCACCACCACCAUUACAAAGAACAAACUCUGUAAAAGAUAGAAUUAAUCAAGUUGAAAGUAUUGUAAAAAGUAUAUCAGAAUCUACUAAUAAAUUACCACCAAAACCAAUUCAAAGAUCAGAUUCUCAAAUAUCAUUCAAAUCAACAAUAAACACAUCCUCAAAUCCAAUUCCAAAACCAACAUUCGUACCUGAACCAAUUACUCCAAAAUGCGCGCCAUCUCCAAAGGCUUUUAUAAGAUAA